UUUUGUCGCGUAGCCUGGUAUCUCAUGCCUACCGACAAUGAAUGACCUCUGCCACUCGACGAAAGCACCAAUGAUGCUCAAUAGCCGAAAGCGACCGUGCCCCGAGUGGAGCACGCCGUCCACGAAAGCAGCCAAACCGUUCUCGUUUGCCCAACACGCGACCAACUCCUGCGACCUCCCCACGGCCUUCCUUUGCAUCCGCCAGUUGCAAGCAAGGACGCUGGAACGAUUCCGCCGCAACGGCGAUUGGGACACAGCUCGAAAUCUGCUCUUCACGAUGGAACAGACGCGGCGUGUUGUUGUGCAAGCGCGACGAAAGGCUGUCUUGGCGCGCAUUUCAUCCGUGUCGCACUUGGCCCGUGCAGUCGUUCAAUCUCCCACAAUCGCAAGAAAAUGUGUGUCCUUUAGUGACGUGAUGGUUGUUCACGAAGCAGUUGCCAUGGACCGAACCAACAGCUUCGUCGAGGAACCUCCCCAAGCCGACGAGCUCUUACUCGUUCGAACGAUGGGCCAACAAGCAACACCGCUGGCAAACUUUUCCGAGUUGUGGUAGUCGUUGGUUGGAUCCUUCCACUUGCGUGAAAGAUGUUAACAUGAUGUAAAUGGUGAAGUGGUCAUGCCGCA